GCUGAGCCAGGAAUGUCACGAGUCACGCUAUACUGUAUACUGUUUCUUCACCAACCGGAGAAAUGGUGCAACACUCAUCAUCAAAAGUCGUGUCUUAGGUUUCCUUUUUUUAUGAGGGCAAAGUUGCGUAUGGACCUUAGCAAGCAUUUCAAUAAGGUGUGCUAGACUAUCAAGUCUCUUUGGCGUUGAACAAAGGUAGGUGAAUCCGUUGAGAUGCUUAGAGUUCAGUCAACUUUAAGCUUAUUAAAGCUUAUACAUACGCGUAUUAAUUAACACUUAGUGAAAACGUUAGCUCAAAUAUUGAUAUAUUAUGUUUUAAAAUAGUCAGUCCUUGCUUUGUAUUGUAUUUUCUAAUCUUUUAAAAAGCCGGCCUUGUAAUAAACGCUUACGGAACUGGGAACAUGACCGCUCAUUUUGCGGCGGCUUUGAUGCCUUUUUUCUGGCACGUGUAGUGUCUGAUCUCACUCAACACAAAGACUACUUUAAACAAGACUGGUUAAAUUUGGUUACUCGGCUUCUAGAUUAUCUAUCUGUGAAUAUAUUUUUUUAACUGACGCCUUGAGCACUAUGAACAGCGAGGAAAAUAAAGAAUGAAAAUUAUGAUUCGAAGAAAGUAAUAUAAUGUUUCAUGUUUUCACAAUUAGGGCCAUGUUCACACUGUAACGGAUUUUUGCGCCGUCAUGAGAUCAUACCGGAUAGGGCUUCUGUUCACAUACAAGAACAGUUGUCAGGGCGCGACUUCUGUGAUGGAGUGAAGCUGCACUGCGCCGCGCUGCCCUGCACCACUCCACGCCCCCCUGCGUCAAUCUCUAAAGUGAGAGUCACAUAUCGGAUAGGUGUUCACAAUAUACCCGAUAGAUUUUUGUGACGCCAUAAAAAGCUAUCCCGUGUGAGCAUAGCCUAAGAUUCAACUCGGUGUCUCUACGUUUUUCUGAAAUCAUAUUUAAAAAUCUUUUAUUGAAGGAGAAUGAACAAUCAUACAGACUGCAGUGUCACUUUGGCAUGCUGAUCAAGUAUGUUACAAUAAUUUGUAAAUGUCAGUUUAGACAAAUAAUCGUGUCAGAGGGUUACUUCUAAUAGGCAAAGCAGAAACUAAAAGUAUCAUUACCAUUUUAGUUCUUAGUUUCCUCCUUGGUAAUAGAAUCAUUUUCUUCUGCCAUCUGUGAAGAAUACUGAUGGCCUCAUAGACAAAGCCAGUGUGUCUAAAUUCCAAUUUGAUCAGCAAUGAGCUACUGUCUAACAUACAUUAAUUUAAUAAGAGGGUCACAAAUUUUUGGGGCCUUGUCAGUGUAAAAUUCUGACAAGGGACAUGGCCUCAAGACAGUGACUUGAGUACAAAUGAAAUGGUGACAGUAACACAAAGUUGGGCUGAAACUGGGUUGACAAUGAGGACAAGCAUUUUCUCAAAAAGCACGAAACAGUAGCCUGCGAACUGGCUCCAAAGUGGAGUGGGCCGUGGGAGAGAAAAAAGGCUGGGGUAGCCUGUAGACUUUGUUUUGAUGUCGCCCAUCUAUAAAAACAAAUUCUGGUAUAAUGAUCUGAUUGGUCAGAUCACUGACUGUUGAGAUGUGAACAGUGAAUAAUACUCACAUGCAGUGCGCUUUUUUAUUUGAAGCCAAUGCAUUCAAGCAUUGGUCAGGUUUUUACUGACCAGUAUAUAUUAUCAUGACAUUUAUUUCCUUUGCAGUCACAACUAAGAGUGAACAGUCACAGGACACCAACAAAUACUAAUGGGAAGGCAGCAGCAAUCAAGUGUAGUACAAACAGUCUAUGCACCUGAGCAAGCAAUCACUUGCUCAGCCAGUAGGAACCCUGUACAACCUGAUUCAUGCUGGUCAUGGGUUGUUUGCUUGGCCUGUGCUGUUUCAAACAUAAUUAUAUGUGGGAUUAUUAUCAGUUAUGGAGUCAUGUUUCCUACUCUCUUGGCAGAGUUUCAGCAGGGAAAGGGUCUUACUGGUGAGUAGAACCUUAUGAAGGGUUAGUCUACUUAAUGGUAAAGAUUUCACAAUAAGAUUAGAGUAGGGUAUUAUAUUCUGUUAAUCGGCCUCUUAUUUUCUAUUUAGUGUGAAUGUGAAGAUAAUAACUGGGGGAAAACGUUUGACCAUUAGUGUAGGGUGCAGUGGGGGCAUACUGGAUUUGGUUUUUCACUAAUUGAAUUGCUUAGAAAAUUAAGUUUUGAGUCCUUGACAGACUAACAUUGUGUAAGGUUACAACAGCCCACUGACUAUUACAUGUAUGGCAUGACUUUAUUUCGGCUGGGUUUAUCUCACUGGGGCAGGAAUGCUAAUGACUUGCAUGGAUCCUAGACAUUAAGCAGCUCAACUUAUUUGUCUUGAAAGUUGGAGGAUUAUUACUGACAAGAGUGUCAAGCAGUGAAGUCACAAGACAAGAGAAGCAAGGGGUGCAGCCUAUCCCAUUCCUCCAGUCAUGUGUGUGUGACCAUUUUCUACUCACCACAGUUGGCUUAAAGGGGCUCUGUCUGGGGUGGGGUGGGUGGGCACUUGUGAAUUCAGACCUCAAGAUAAUAGAAGAACCUGCUAACGCCCUAGCUCCAGCAGUGGGCCUUGCUUUGGUUCAAAAAUAAGUGGGAAGGGGGCUGGCCCCGCCCCCAACCCCCCAGCCCCCAGCUCCCAGCCCCCAGCUCCAGGCCCAUAGAUCCACCACUGUUUCAGCUUCUGGUUUGGCUCGACGUUCUAUGUGUGUAAUUUUAUUAGUAGUAUUCACGUGACAUAUGACACUAUUCUAGAUACAAGUAAAUGUCCUUUACUGUCCUCAGCUUUAGUUGGCUCGUUAGCUAUGGUUGGCAUGGGAAUAUUCAGCACAUUAGUGGCUAAAGUGUACAACAAGAUUGGUCCACGUGCAACAGUUAUUCUUGGAGUUGUACUUUGCUCUGGAGCUCUUCUAGCCACCUCACAAGGAAACGGCAUCUAUUCCAUUCUCAUAACGUAUGGUGUUUUGUUCGGGUUUGGUUCAAGUUUUAUCUUUCUCCCUCCAUAUCUCGUGUUGCCGAGGUACUUUGUCAAAAGACGUUCCUUAGCUGUGGGACUUGUUGCUAUGGGCCCUGGUGGAGGGAUGUUCGUUAUGAGCUUCGUAAUGAAGGCUCUUCUUGAUGAGCUUGACUGGCGAAGGACGUAUAUGAUAUUAGCUGGAUUUGUGGCCCUUUCCGUUCCGUUAGUUUGCACUGUUCGACGUAUUCCGCCAGAGGAAGAGGAAAGUAAAUCUGUUAAGAAAGAUGCCAAGAAAAGAUUCUGUGAAAGUGUGUGGUCCCUGUUUAGCAACAAGCGGUUUGACAUCAUAUUUCUCUCAAUGAACUUGUACUAUGUCGUUCAUUACAUUCCUUCCGUUCACAUGGUAAGUGUAUAGCUAGAUGAAUGGACCACUUUCGACAUCACUGAAAGAUGAUUAAUAAAUGUAAGGGUAUAUGACAGAAUUUCUUAUUUACUUGGUAGAAUCUAUAGUGUCGUGAUAAGAACAGCGAAAAAAAAGAUAUAGAUUUUACUUUCCCGUGUUUUAACGUACCAGAAACGUGAAAUUUCGCUUCCGGUGUGGUCCGUACUACAGGAAACAAGGGACUGGGGAUGGUUGUGACGUCAUUUUCCAAGACCUCCAUUUUCGUGGCAAGCAGGAACGACUGGGAAAUUUGCUUGGUCCAUUUUUUUUUCAAUAUUUACAUGCCCUCAAGUCAAUGAAUUAGUAUGUUUAGUGCUCCCUGAUGAAAUUUGUUUCUUGUCUUCUUCUUCAACUCUACAGUAGCAUUGUGUGUAUGGGUGAAGUAACAGUACGUUUCUGGGAAACUGCCUACCUACCCCUCCCCUAAGCAAACAUUUUGCCCAAAGUGAGAAGUAAGUGUUAAUGUUGGCUUAUGGGAGGGGUAGGUGGGCAGUUUCCCAGAGACGUAUAAUGAUCCUAGAGAGCCAGCCUGCGUGGCAAGCGAUUCCGCACGAGUUCGUCGGGAAAGUUGGGACGAGAGCAAAAGAGUGGAAUGAAGGGGAGGGGGAGGGUUAGAGAAGGAAACACAGAAUUGAUCUCCGAUCGUGACGUAGCCUCCUUAAAACUCUCAUUUCAUCAAUCUCUUUUUUCAUCAAUCUCUUUUUUGACGCACGUGUUAUCUUUUCGUCUUUAGGUUCGCUACUGUGAAGAUUUAAGAAUAACAGCCACACAGGCCUCCAGACUCUAUCUAUACAGCGGUUUAACCUCAAUGCUUUGCCGUCCAGUAGUGGGCUGGUUAUGUGACUUGAAGCAUAUUGAAGCAAUUUACAUUUACCAGCUUGUGGCAGGAGUUAAUGGAGUCGCAACCCUUAUUUUACCUCUUGCAAGAAGAUACUUUCAUUUCGUACUAUAUUUCAUAGUCUUCGGACUGGCCGACGGAGCCAUCGGAUGCUCGUCGACCAUCGCUAUUCUUUCGUGUUUCACCAGUAAGAAAAGGUCGCUAGGAUUCGGUCUUGCUGUUAUGGUCAGUGCGUCUAUGGCUGCAGCUGGUCCUCCUCUUGCAGGUAAAUGUUUUCAAGUUUACUAGGUUGUUUCGGAUCAUUAUACGUUUCUGGGAAACUGCCCACCUACCCCUCCCAUAAGCCAACAUUAACACUUACUUCUCACUUAGGACAAAAUGUUGGCUUAGGAGAGGGGUAGGUAGGCAGUUUCCCAGAAACGUAUAAUCAUCCUGCAGAACAGACGUUAUUUUUUCUGGCGACCGAAGGCAAGCAGGAAGCAGGCGUGAAUUGCGAGACAAGCGCGUCGGGUGCUUCACGUCCGUUUCGUGCCUGCCCUCACUCGUUCAUAAAACGCCGAAUAUAGCGCAUUUUUUGCAGGCUAUUUCCGAGUUGUCUCUAGCGUCUUUUUCAAAACGAGACUUAUUGCGAAGUGUUUCAUGACUUUGAUAUCUUUCCGAGAGCCUUACUAGACGCAAAAAUUCGAAUAUAUGAAAUUAUAAGAUUGAAUGAUGAUAAAGGGCUGGUUAGGUCUGCAAAUAUACUCCAAAUAGCAGAUGUUAUCCGUCGAGUUGUCUUCCUGCUAUGUUUUUAGACAAUAGUUCGUCGUGAAACGAGUAAAAUGUGUCGCCGACUGUUUGGCCAUUUUUCUUUUCACAACCAAAACAACUCAACCUCGUCCCAGGUCUUCUCGGUUAACGGUGCAUUAACCUCCAACUGUGUUGUACUUUUGACGUCAUCGGUUGAUUAAUCGCAAAAUUCUUCGAAAUUUGGUCAACAGUAGUAGGUUAUGGUGAAUUAUGCGAGUACUUUUAACCAAUCAGAAACGGAGAAAUACUUUGAAUCAAUUAUAAUCCGUUUUAUUUUCGGUUCUUCAUAUGUGUAUAAUUAUUAGCGGUUUUGCGAUAUAUCUUGUAGGUCUCAUGGCUGAUGAGAUGGGCUCAUAUGUUCCAGCAUUUUAUAUGACAGGGAUUGUCAUACUUCUGGGAGCAUCAAUCAUUUUUCUUGCCCCGUUUGUCAACUCAGAAAACCAACGAGAUAUUAAUGCUUCUGAAGAAUUGUUCGUCGUGGAAAAAUGCACAGUUGUUUGA